AUAAUAGUCACAAUUACUUAAUUAUUUAUAUUAUUAUUAUAAAUUAUAAACAUGUGUUUGCCAUUAACGAGUUGUUGUUUUUGUGUGAAGUUAGAUGUUGGUGCGAAGAUUAUCUCAAUAAUUAAUUUAGUAUUUUCAGUUGUCAUUGCGAUGUUGUACGGCACAGCAGCCAUGAUGCCCUCGUACGUAGCAGAAACUAGAAAGAUUGUGUACGCAAUCGUAGCAAAUGUCGCCAUGUUUGAAAUCAUCAUUGGAAGUCUUUUAAUUUAUGGAGUUUUUGGGAAAAAACCCCGGUUAAUCCUGCCGUGGUUGAUAACCAGCUGGGUCUUCUGCGUAUCACUUCUUGCUCUAUCAAUCUUCGGAACGAUACUGAUAGUUCUGAAAUACACGCGAGAUCAGGAGACAAAGAGCGAAGUCAGCACCAUGUCGUCUGUGUACUGUCUAUAUGCGCUGACUCUCUAUUACUUCGCGGCUGUAGUCAACAGUCGGCGCGAGGAAAUGCUUUUCGAUGACCACACAGAAUCCUCCCAGGGCUUGAUGAGAAGAGAAUUUGGAAUAAAGUUUCCAAUAUAAAUAUUACUUUGUGACAUAUAUUUCUUGGAAUUAUCCUCAAGACCAAACGAUAGUCAAAAAGAUUAUUAU